AACCACCCACCGCCGCACCAAAUCACCUUAUCGUGGGCCCCACCAGGUGCUCCAGAGGGUGAGCGGAUGACUGGGUGCCCGUUAAGCAGCUGAGUUUCGCAUUGCCCACGCGGUGAAUCGUUUGGGUCCCUAGCUUGUGGGUUUUGUUUUUCUUAAAAGCCUCAGUGUCAUCUAUCCUUUCACGGACAAUAAAUCGAUUUGAGAAGAAGAACCAGCUAGGGUUUCGAGAUGUCAUCGGGGUAGAUCUUCGAAGAUUUCUUCCUUUUCUACUCUUUUUUGGGACCGAAAUUUCCAACUCAAGGGUUGAGAAUCAGUCGGGGUUUCGAUUCUGGGGCGUCUUGCGAUCCAAUUCCCCUCACAUCCGACCUGGUCUACCUGGAUCAUUAGGAUUCCGAGCUCAUAAUUGGAUAGCCUUGAUCGAAGUACUUUCUGACUUAGGGUUUCAUCAGGAGGAAGAAGCCUCCUGGUCUGGAUUUCUAUAGAAUAGAAGAAACGCUCAAAAAAUUGAUUAAACAUAGCUUCUGGUCGCCUGUGAUUUGGUAUUAUUAGAUAGAGGAUUCGGUUAUCCUCAACAAGGUUCUCGUAAAAUGGUUGUUCCUGAUCGAAUCUUUGUGAAGGUGGUCUUAGAUGUUUGGAAAGAUUCGAUCUUUACUCUGUUUUAAGAGGCUUCGUCUCUGUAAUUUUUGGUAGCCAUGCCGACCUUCACGGCGAUCGUCUUGGAUAGGCUUUUGGAGCCCAGUCCGUCUCGGAACCCCGCCCUGAGGCCUCCCCUGGCGCCGGUGAAGGUGGAGAAAGCGCCUCCGAGCCCCUCUGGAAAGAAGAACAUCCGUUGUCCUAUUGCUUCGCCCGCACUCUAUGCGACCCCGGAGAAUACUCCACUUCCUGACUCGCCGUCUUCUUUCCCACCAUCACCUUACAUCAUCAACCACAAGAGGCGCGGCCCCCGCCUUCUCAAGAGCUUCUCCCAGAAUGAUGUCGCUACGUCCCAGCCGCCGCCACCGGCUGAAGUGGAGAAGAAGGUCGACAUGGUGAAUGGAAAGGGUGUUGAAGGGACUGCGAAUGGCUUUCAUGAUAAGAAGCUUGAAAGGGAACACAAGGCUGUGGAUGCAAAUGGAACUCAAGGUGCAUCCUUAUCUAUUGAACAUCACAAGAAGUUUCAAGAUGCUUGGUUGAGUGAUGGACCUGUUGCAGCUACAGAAGUGGCAAAGCCUGUUGUCUUUGAUCCAGAAAAAGAUGGGGAGAAUGAUGAUUUCUUUGAUCUGCAAGACUCGUUGAGCACAACUAGUAAUAUGGAGCUUUGUGAGCGGUGGAAGCCAAGCACACCUCUAGGGGAGUAUUUUGAUGCCUUUGAAGAGAUUUCUAGUGAAGGUGCCUCACAGUCUUCAUAUCAAAAUGUGGAAAAUGAACUGCGUGAGAUGAGACUUAAUUUAUUGAUGGAAAUCGAGAGGAGGAAGCAGGCAGAAGAAGCGCUGGAGAACUUGCAAAGUCAAUGGCAGAUGCUGAGCCAACACCUCUCACUUGCGGGAUUGAGUCUUCCUUCCCCCCCAGCCAUGACAGAUGAGAAGGAUGAAAAAUCAUGUAUAGAUCCUGCGGAGGAGUUGUGCCGACAAAUUGUUAUUGCACAUUUCGUGGCUGCUUCUGUGGGAAGGGGUUGUUCCCGUGCUGAAGUUGAGCUGGAGUUGGAACCUCAGAUUGAGGCAAAGAACUUUGAGAUAGCAAGGUUAUGGGAUCGGCUCCAUUAUUAUGAAGCUGCAAACAGGGAAAUGUCUCAAAGAAACCAAGAAGCUGUUGAAAUGGCACGGCAACAGCGGCAUAAGCAGAAGAGCAGGCAGAAAUGGAUUUGGGGUUCAAUUGGUCUUGCUGUUACCCUUAGUGCUGCAGCCAUUGCAUGGUCCUAUCUUCCAGUAUCCAACCCUUCUCUCCCUGAAGGCAAUACCAUAGACAGCCAUGAACGCUGAAGACAGCUAAAUUCCAAUAGUCACCUUCCUGAAGCAAUUCAUAUCUUUUCUCCUAACAGGAAUAAUUACAGAGCCAGUUAAAGCCGUACAAGAUAUAUGAGGUAGCUCCCAUUACAUAUGGCAGCCUUGAGCCUUUUUGUUUUCCCCCUUCUGUAUAACCCGAAUGGACCAGUUCGAGUUAUUGCUUGCUCUUGUUAAGUGCAAUCUUUUGCCACUCAAGUAAAUAAUAAUUUUAUGGGAGAACAUAUUGAGAAGUGGGCUUGUGCAUUGUUUUGUCCUGUUGCAACUCCUUGGAUUGAAUCUCCUGUUUCAACACGAAACAGGAGACUGUGACAGAGGUACUGAGUUGUGAAAACUUGGGUUUUAUAUUUGUAUUUACAGCGAUGACCUCUUGGUGUAUAA